UUUUGUAAAUGUAGAUCGUAUGUUUUGUCAUUUGAUUAAAGCGUUUGAAGACUUUGCGGCGCGCUGACACCAAUCGGCCACCGUAGCUUAGCAACCGAAUCAUAACAAUUCUUUUCCGUUUAGAGUUUUCAUUUGAACAUUUAAAGCAGCUCAGACUUGCAGUUUAUCAGCAAGAGAGAAGACGCGAAAGAUGUCCAUCGUGAAAACCACCGUGAAUCUCCAGAGGAUUGACUGGCUGCUGCCGAAAGGUGCAGUCAGUGUGCGGAUCGCCCCGGAAUACAUCCCCGGUCCAGUUGGCCGAGGACAAACCAGUUCCAGUGAUGCUGGCCGUCGGAAGAAGUGCCGCACCAGGCCGCCGGCAGCCAGCUCCCUGACCACGUCUGCCUCUCCUGGAUCUGCUGCCAUCCCGGUGGCAACCAGCAGGGGUCAGCAGGGCACAGGCCGCCGUAGAAAUACGGCGGGAGGCCGGUCAGGGCGAAGAAGGAGGUAUGACCAACAGAAGGGGUUAGAGCCUAAGCCCAGCUCACCAACCUUCUCCUCCUCUUCAUUUUUAUUUCCGUCUUCAGCCCCCUCCUCUUUUGUUUCAUCCCCAUUUCUUUUUAUGGGCUCCUCUGUUUUAUCCCCACACUUAGUCACACCUGUUAGCCCAGCUCCACAUCCAUAUUCAGCUCCAGGCCUGGUUCAUCUGACCCCUCUGCUUCAGGCUCCAGCACAGGCUGUAGCCGCCUCAUCUCACCUGGAAAAAUUCUAUUGGUUGUAUAACUAUUAUGUAACAAAGUACUCUAAAAUGACCUAUGACGCCAAGUGCUUUACUGAGUACUGGUGUCAGGAGUUUUGGAACAGACAUUUAAAUGAAAUUAACUUAGCGAAACAGGGGAAGAAUGAGGAUAAUGAGGGUACUCAUUCAACCAAGAGGCGUAGGAUUGAUGAAGAUGAGUUCAUCUUUCCUAUUGAUGCACUGGAGCAGCUAAGUACCAUGCCCAGGGCUCAGGAGAUGGGUGUGGAAAUGGGCUAUCAGUCAGAUGCACAUAGCUACAUUUCCCUGUAGAUUCAGCACAUAAUUACACAAGAGUUGUCAUACAUACUUAGGAUAAGAUAAAAUUAGGAUAUGUUACCAUGUAGUUCUAUAGCAUAAGGUACUAUAGGAUAAGAUUAA